UAGCAGCUGAGGCCUCACAUUCUCUGUUGUCUCAAAAAAAAAAAAAAAAAGUGCUCUUCAAUGUCAGUGUAAGAGACCAAUCAUUCCACGCCACCUCACCCCACUACCUCCUGUAAAGCACGAACACCCCCAACAGUCUUAGCAUCUCUCUCUCUCUCUCUCUCUCUCUCUGUGUUCGUUUCUCUCUCUCUCCCCCAAAACUAAGUCCUCAGCAUCAAGAAAACCCCUUUUCUCCACCUCGCGUGUCGAAACCCUAGGACGAAGCCUUCGCAGAGUACACAGCGUUUCAGCUCUUCUUCUUCGAAUGUGUUUCGCUCUCUGUAAUUCGUCGAAUCGAGGGAUCUGAGAAUCGGAUUGAAAGCGCCGUCAUUUCGAGCGUGGCUGAGGGAGGGAGAGAGGUAGAGAAAUGUACGUGGUGCCUCCGCCGCAGCGCUCCGAUCCGGCGUCGUCUGGAUCGGCCAUGGGUCCCGCCGAUUUGAGGGUUUACCAAGCUUGGAAAGGCAGCAAUAAAUUCUUUCUUCAAGGAAGGUUUAUCUUUGGGCCAGAUGUGAGAUCUCUGGGCUUGACCAUAUUUCUUAUUGUUGCUCCCGUCACGAUUUUCUGCAUCUUUGUUGCCAGAAAACUGAUGGAUGACUUCGGCCAUCACUGGGGGGUAUUGAUAAUGGUUGUUGCUGUCGUGUUCACACUUUAUGUAUUGGUUCUUCUCCUGCUAACCUCUGGAAGAGAUCCUGGUAUAAUUCCCCGCAAUGCUCACCCUCCAGAGCCAGAAGGAUAUGAUGGGAGUAUGGAUGUUGGGGCAGGACAAACUCCUCAGUUGCGCUUGCCCCGAAUCAAGGAAGUAGAGGUCAAUGGAAUGACUGUUAAGAUCAAGUAUUGUGACACUUGUAUGCUUUAUAGGCCUCCUCGCUGCUCCCACUGUUCAAUCUGCAAUAACUGUGUGGAACGAUUUGAUCACCACUGCCCCUGGGUUGGGCAGUGUAUAGGGCUGCGAAAUUAUAGAUUCUUCUUCAUGUUUGUCUUCUCAACGACCCUUCUUUGUAUAUACGUAUUUGCAUUCUGCUGGGUCUACAUCCGGAGGAUUAUGAGCACGGAAGACACCACAAUUUGGAAAGCAAUGAUCAAAACUCCAGCAUCCAUUGUGCUAAUAGUUUAUACUUUCAUAGCAAUGUGGUUUGUAGGUGGGCUUACUGCUUUCCAUUUUUACCUCAUCAGCACGAAUCAGACUACAUAUGAGAAUUUCCGGUAUCGAUAUGAUAGGCGAGCCAACCCCUACAACAAAGGAGUCCUUGAGAACUUCAAGGAGAUAUUCUGCACAAGCUCUCCUCCAUCCAAAAACAAUUUCAGGGCGAAGGUACCGAGGGAAGCCGGGUUCCCUCCUGCUCGAUUAGGCGGUGGAGGUUUUAUGAGUCCAAACAUGGGAAAAGCUGUGGAGGACAUAGAAAUGGGCAGAAAAACAGUAUGGGGUGACUUGGGUGCUGGGGCCGAUCAUUUUGAAGGGCAGCUUAACAACAAUGAUCGGGUGAAUGUAAAGGAAAGUGAUUUAGGUGAAGUAUCCCCGGACAUAAGGACUACCGUCGAUGAAACAGCAGAUCGUGGUGGAAUGCAUCCCAGGCGAUCCAGCUGGGGAAGAAAAAGUGGAAGCUGGGACAUGUCGCCUGAAGUUCUUGCUCUUGCAGCUAGAGUGGGAGAACCAAACCGUGUGGGUGGGAGUACUAGCGGCACUUUUACAACUGAGGGCCGACAAGCAUAACUGAAACACUGAAGACCGUCGGAUGUUACACAUUGGGGAUCUAAUUUUGGAGUGGUUAUAAGGUUAGCCAUCUGUGCACGUUGGGGAUCUAAUUUGGGGGGAAUAUGGAGUGGUUCUAAGGUUAGCCAUCUGUGCUUUGUUCAUUCAACUCUCGCAUUGAUAUUCUGAGCAAUGUGGGAUUAACUCUUUUCUCUGGCUGGAUGUUUGUAAGUUUGGUUUGGCCAUUGUGCUUUUUUAGGAAGGAAAUGGUGUUUGUAUGAGUGAGCUUUUAUUCAGCCUUUGAUUUUUUUAUU